AUUCAAUGUUUUCAUGUUGUUCAUGACAAUUUGAUCUUCAUUUUAUUGCAAAUAAAUAAAUAAAUAUAUGUUGAAAGAUAAAUAAGAGGAAAUAAUUAAAAGAAGGAAAUAUUUUUCAUUGAUAAAUGAUGUCGAGGGAAACAUUCCCUAUCAUGUUAAUUGCUCACUGUUGUUACUUUCUUCUUCUAAUUACUGUAAUCUCUUUAACUGAUGGAUUUAGUCGAUGUGAUAUCAAGCAAUCUAGUCAACCAGAAUCGGUGAAUUGUCCAAAUAAGACAUGCAGUCAACACAUCGAUUGUUGGGUAACAUAUGGUCCACCACAACGAUGUGUUUGUGAUCCAAUCCUAUGCGGAUCUGUAUGCCUACCAGAAACUGCAAAAUGUCCAAAACCUGAUGAUAUAAUCAAUGGACAAGCUGUAUUCAACGAUACUGAUGUUGGUGAUAUUGUUGAAUACACCUGUAAUUCUGGUUACUCUGUACGUGGACAACGUAAGCGGCAUUGUUUAGCAACACUGAAAUGGAGUGGAACACAACCAACAUGUAGUAAUCAAACUGAAACAUGUUUCAAUGCACCAGAAAUCUUGAAUACUCGAAUUGCUUAUAAAAUAGAAAAUGGAAUGCAGAAAAUUCGUGAUGAUUUUCGAUCAGGUGAAACAGUGAGAAUUGAAUGUUUGCCUGGCUAUAAAGACUCUGAUAAUAAACAGUACACAGACGCACUGUGCGUUGGAACAGAUUGGCAUUAUACAGAAUUAAAGUGUGAACGUAUAUCAUGCGGUUAUAUACACGAACCAACAAAUGGACGAAUCCAUUAUAAGUAUGAUCAAAAGUUUCAGUCUGAAGCAACAAUCAUCUGUUCAGAAGGAUAUAAAGUGAUGUGUGAUACAGGCUUCCUGUUGUCUACAGAAGACGGUGUAGGAUGUAAACGUGUCUGCCUAGAAAAUGGUUCUUGGUCAGGUGAAGAUGUCUACUGUAAAGUUAUCACAUGUCCAGAACCUCAGUCAAUUUUAAACGGAAAACAUACAGUUAGCUCAUUGACUGUCAAUGGAACGCAUAUUUCUGAAUGUGACGAUGGCUAUGAACUUCACGGUUCACAGCAUCGUGUUUGUCAGCCUAAUGGGAAAUGGAGUGGACAAGAACCAUAUUGUAAAAAAAGAGACUGUGGUCCACCACCUCAAAUACAAAAUGGUGAAGUAUCCUAUAUAACAACAACAUAUGGCAGUAAAGGAAGAAUUAUAUGUGAAAACGAUACGACGCUAUCAACUGAAACUGAUGAGAUUAUAUGUGGAGUGAAUGGUACAGUCACUGUAUGGAAUCCUCAACCAUUUCCACAAUGUCAUCGACAUUGUUAUCUAUUUACAGUUGAACAUGGUGAUGUCUUUUUAAUUCAUCGUAGAUCUAAAGGGGAUAAACAGUUCAUACAGAUUACUACUGCAGAAUUCGGUAACGAAGAUGAUGAUGUUAGUGAUGAAGGUGAUUAUAGACGACUGGUCAAUGAAAUGUCGGGUAGAAUUAUUCUACCUGGUGGAAAAGUUAGACAUGGUUCAGAAUUAAAUGUCACCUGUCAAGUUGGAUAUGCUUUAAUUAAACCGAACCAACCACUCACUGUAUGUCAAAAUGGUGUCUGGAGUGUACGAAGUAAAUGUGCACCAGAUUUUUCGAGUCCUUGAGCAU